UGAAAGUUGACCCAAAAAUGCUUGCACCGACCAUCUCUACCUGCAAAGCGCCUGUCUUGCAUCUCCUUCAGCGAUGCAGACGUCCUACAUUAUUAUCCAACCUCACCAAGCAGCUUGGCAGACAUCAUGAGAGGCACAGUCAUAGCAGGCUGGUGCUGGGGAUUGAGACGACGUGUGAUGAUACAGGAGCUGCUGUGAUGGAUGAGACCGGGAGGGUCCUCGCUGAAAGACUGCAUACACAGAAGAGGAUCCAUGCCAAGAAUGGAGGUAUCAUUCCGCCCCUAGCCCAAGCCCUUCACCGACAGUUCAUUGACCCCGUGGUUCAAGGGACUAUCGAGGAUGCUGGGAUUGAAAUGAAGGACCUGUCAGCAGUAGCACUAAGCACCAUGCCUGGCAUGCCUCUAUCGUUACGGGUUGGGCUGGACUAUACCAAGGAUAUGCUGCUCCGCCAUCCUCAUCUACCACUUAUACCCAUCCAUCAUAUGGAGGCUCAUGCCCUUACAGUUAGAAUGGUAGAGAGAGUAGAUUUCCCAUUUCUGGUGCUUCUGGUUUCUGGUGGUAACUGCAUCCUGGCUGUAGCUAGAGGAGUAGGGGAUUUCAAGGUGCUUGGGGUGACGUGGGAUGAUGCCCCUGGCGAGGCAUUUGAUAAGGUAGCUAGACGACUGAAGCUGCAACACCACCCUGACUGCCUAGGUCUGUGCGGAGGCCAAGCGAUAGAGAAGAUGGCUGAGAAUGGCAACUUCAGGUUAUUAAUAGAGCGAGGGGUGCCUAUGAGUAGACACAGGGAUUGUAACUUCUCCUUCGCCGGUCUGAAGAACAUGGCUAACUGGCUGAUACAACAUCAUGAAGUCAGACAAGGUUUGACUGCAUCUGAUGACCACCAUCUAGCCACCAUCAGUGACAUUGCAGCAUCCUUCCAGCACAAAGUCACUCAGCACCUUGUAAUCCGGAUCGCUAGGGCCAUGCUCUACUGUCAGCAGACUGGAUUGAUUCCAGAAGGCAACCAAACCCUGGUUGUUUCUGGAGGUGUUGCCAGCAACGAUUACAUUCGCAAGGCUCUAGACUUCACCACGAGUCUAUUCAAGUACAAACUCAUCUGCCCACCACCGUACCUGUGUACAGACAAUGGAGUAAUGAUUGCAUGGGCUGGGGUAGAAAGACUAAGACUGGAUAUGGGCUUCGCUGAAGAUCCCCAGUCCCUAAGAUUUCAACCAAAGAUGCCACUUGGGGAGGACAUCUCAGAGCAAGUUACAGAGGCUAACAUCAAGAUCAAAAGAAUCAAGUUUUGGUGAGGAAACUGCUGGCAGAACUGAAUAUAUGACUUCUAGUAACAAGCCUACUACUUUAAGGCAACAGAUAUUGCCAAUUUGAAGAGAGGAUUGUAUUUUUGACCAGGGCCCUGUACUUAUUUGCGAUUCAUAUCAAUCGCAACUAUGUACAUAUGAGACAGGAGACUGCAAACUUGUGA